AUGCCCAAGACACCUGAGCAGACGCCAUCUCAGCCUCAGUCUGAGGGAACUCCUCUUCUGUCUCCAUCGUAUAUGGCCACUACGCCUCAUAAACGUAGAAGCACGGAUUUUUACAGCCUUUUAAAAUCUCCCAUGCAAAUCAGUGAGGAUGGCAUGAAACGGAAGUCCUUGGAAUUUGCUAAGGCAAAGGUUACAGAGGGUGAAGGAAGCUCCAGGAAUAGUAUAGGGAGUGUAAGCAAUAUUGGGGGCUCUUCUCCAGGCGCGUCUGGGUCCUUGGGUUCUGGAGAUUUUGUUUUCCAUGACUCUACAGGUUCCAGGCUUCUCAAAUCACCCAAUAGAUCGUCUCCUUCCACGUUUUCUCGAGUGGCACGCAAUGAUACCGAUAUAAAAAGGAUCUCUGAUAAUCUCCGAACACGUCUUAACUAUGCCAAGGCGAAAAUCCAGCAUGGUUGGUCUGAUAAGUCCUUGACAGAAGUUCAACAAAGGCUUCAAAGCAAAAAGGAAAGCAAAAUACUCACAGAGGAAGAAAAAAGUCAGUAUGAUGAGUUCUGGAAGCUCCAGAAGGAUGAGUUGCCAGCUCAGGUAUCUCCCCAUCACAGAAAGAAAUCGUCAUCAUCGGUAUCGUCUACUUCUCGUCUGAGUCUCGAUCAGAUCGCUGCCAAUAGACACAAUCGAGGGUCUGCUGACAAGGCCUUGUUUAAAGCAUUGAACCCUGGUGAUAGUCCGCGUCGUUUUGGUAGAUCUCCAAUAACCCUUCACACCCCGAGGGCUCCUCCUCCUCCUUUGCCGACUGUUCGUACAUCUCCUUCACCUGAAAAUCGCUUGGAACAGGAUGCUAUUAUGUCAUUAAUGUCUCUUUCGUCACCUACGAAGAAGUUCUCAGGUUCCACGGCUACUUCUGCCUCUAAUUCAGUACCAGUAUCUCCAAGUGGAUCUUCUAGAACAUCUCCUAAUGGAUCUCCAACAAAAAAGUAUGCCGUUUCCGCACCACAGCUACUUCCUCCCUUGGGUAAACUGCCCAUUCCCCCAUCGAUGAAAGACUGUAUCAAACCGUUUCCUACACAUCACGAAGAUGUGGUUUUAGAUGUCGAAUACGACUUUUACGGUCAUCAAUUGGCCACUUGUUCUGCCGAUCAACACAUCAAAGUGUUUGACCUUGAUCCUGCUACCUCUAAAUGGGUACUCAACGACUCGUGGAAGGCCCAUGAUUCUAAUAUAAUUCGAGUGGGGUUCGCCAACCCUGAAUAUGGUCAUUUACUUCUCUCUGCUUCGUAUGAUCGAACUCUUAAGAUCUGGGAAGAGAACUUUGAUGAGCCUGUUGGUUCAGGAAGAAGAUGGACACGACUAGUAACUAUAGCUGAUUCACAUGGACCUUUAUAUGACAGCUGCUUUGUUCCAUCAUUUUUGGGAUUGAAAGUGGGCACCAUUGGCUCUGAUGGAAAAUUGAGGAUCUAUGAGAACCUGGAUCCAUCCGAUUUACGCGAUUGGACACUCGUAGAGGAGAUUAACGUGCUCAAGGCUCCUGUGGCCUCGCAUUUACAGAGUGAUUUCAACGUUUGUUGGUGUCCAUCAAGAUUCUCGUGCGAGAAACUUUGUGUUAGUGCGUUAGAUCAGGCAUACAUUUACUAUAAAGAUGAAAAUUCAAACAAAUUCAAACUGGGAGAGGUUCUUCCUGAGCAUAAUGGAUUGAUUAGAUCUGUGGCAUGGGCUCCUCUGAUGGGCAAAUCGUAUCAUCUGAUUGCUACAGCUUGCAAAGAUGGAUAUGUGAGGAUAUUUAAAUUGACGGAGAAUGUUCAAUCACCGGGAGAUGUUAGCUUUGAUAUUUCAUUGAUUGGCUCAUUCAAUGAUCAUACAGGAGAAGUUUGGAGAGUGUCUUGGAAUAUGACUGGAACAAUACUAAGUAGUUGUGGAGAUGAUGGAUUGGUUAGACUUUAUAAGUCCAACUAUGCCAAUGAUUUUCAAUGUAUGAGUGUGAUAAGCACCACUCAUUGA